AUGGACACGCGUCUGCACGCGCGGAUGGAGAAUCAAGGACAGUUUGAACGCAUGGAGAACGAGGAGGAGUUGGAGCGCAUGAUCAAGGAGCGGUACGCGGCGCCGAGGUACGAAGCGGGGACGGGGCAGUUGGACGCCAACGUCGAUCAGCAGGCGCUGCAUCCGACGGUGCGUGAUCCCAAGCUUUGGCUUGUCACGGUGAAGCUCGGGAAAGAGCGCGAGACCGUCGUGUGCUUGAUGCAAAAGACGAUCAACCUGGCCAAGCAAGGGAAACCCCCCAUGCAAAUCUUGUCGUGCAUCGCGCAGGAUCACCUCAAGGGAUACAUCUACGUCGAAGCCGAGCGUGAAGAUCAUGUGCGAAAAGCGUUACAAGGAAUGAGACACGUGUACCACGGUAAACCUGUUCGAUUGGUGCCGAUUAACGAAAUGGUCGACUCGAUCAGCGUCACAACAAAGGAAGUCUCCGUGGUCAAGGUGGAUUCGUGGGUUCGCAUGCGCACCGGCGUGUACAAGGGAGACUUGGCGCAGGUCGUCGACGUGAACUACGCCGAUAACCAGUGUACGGUCAAAUUGGUCCCGCGCAUAGACUACCAGCACCUCGCCGAUAAGGAAUCAGGCAAGGCGAAGGGCAAGACAAAAUCUCAAGUCCGCCCACCAGCGCGUCUUUUCGCGGAAGCCGAAGCCAAGCGAUUGAAUUUGUCUUUCGAAAGAGGCCGAUACGAUCGCAGCUUGGGUGCGAGCGUGGACGUAUUGUGCAGCACGACGAAGCUCUUGGAUGGGUAUCACAUGAAGACGUGCUCUUUAGCCACAGUCAAGCUCGCCGAUGCGCCGACGUUGGAUGAACUUCAAAAGUUCGCCAUCGGUGACGACGAGGACGGUGAGAAGGGCGGUAACUCCAGCGGCGCGUUGGCCGCGCUGUCCAAAGCCGUCGGUACUCGCAAGACUGAUUUGAAGUUCAUGCCGGGCGACCAAGUAAUCAUCGUCGAGGGCGAUUUGAGAAACCUUGAGGGCGUCGUCGAGCGAAUCGACCCCGACGGACGCGUCGUCGUCAAUCCGUCGCAUAAAGAGCUGAACGAGUUACUGACGUUCAAGUCCGAACAACUGCGAAAGCACUUCAAGACUGGUUCCACUGUGCGCGUGUUGCACGGAAAGCACGAGGGCGUGGUCGGUAUGGUGGUGAAGGUGGAACGCGACGUAGCGCACAUCUUCUCGACGGUGAGUAACGAAGAGUUCCAAGUCUUCAUGCACGAUCUUGCCGAUAGCGAAGAAACCACGCAGCGUAUCGACACGAUUGGUGAGUACGCUUUGCAUGAUUUGGCGAUGCUCGAAGGCUCUGAAGUCGGUUGCAUCAUUCGUGUCGAGAAGGAUGUCGCCUUCGUCAUGACCAAUGCCGGCACCCCAGACCGACCCGAGAUCAGGCCCGUAAAGCUUCAUGAGUUGAAAAAGAAGCUGCUGAGUAGGAACAUUUCCGCACAAGACGCUCACAUGGACACCAUCGAUCAAGGGUCGAUGGUUCGCAUCAUAGACGGCAAGUACAAGGACACCACGGGUACGGUAGAGCACAUCUUCAAGGGUACGCUCUGGAUUCGAGCUCGGCACGUACAAGAACACGGCGGUAUCGUUUGCAUUCGCGCUCGAAAUUGCGUGGCACACGGCGGUAACAAGGGUUCCCAAAUUGGUGGUGGUCUGGCUGCCCAAAUGAUGGGCGCGCAUGGCAUGCCGCCGAAGUCUCCAGGUCAUGCUCUCUUGCAGAGUUCGUACACUUCUGGUUUGCGUGGUGAUUUGAUGUCUCAAAGUCUUCAAGCUCCGAGAGCUGCACCACCACGUGCUUUUGGUGGACCUGGUCGCCGCGGCCAGGAUCCGCUCAUCGGUCAAACGAAGAAGGUUCGCGCUGGUGUGUACAAGGGAUACAUCGGACGCAUCGUCGACGUCACCGACACGUCCGUCCGUCUCGAGCUUCAAGCGCAGGCACGCACUGUUACGGUCAAUCGCGAGCACUUAGACGUCCCACAAGUUGCCCCGAGUCGUGACUCUUUCUUGGCUCCUCGCGCGACGAGCAUGUACGAUGCUCCUGGCUCGAGAACUCCGGCGCACUACCCGAUGACACCGGCUCACGGCGGCGGUAUGACGCCAAUGCACGGCGGUAUGACGCCCGCGCGCGAGGCCGCUUGGAACCCCACCGCGACACCGGCGCACAUCCAGGACAACUGGGAGCCGACGUCUACUGCAGGCACCGGGUGGGGUGCUGGAAAUGUCGGUUACACGCCAGGCGGGUACGGCGACUCCAGCGCCCUGGCGGGUCCGACACCGAACGCAUACGGCGUCGGCGCCACGCCAGGUGCCGCCUACGGUCAAACGCCCGGUGGAUACGGUCAAACGCCUGGUGGGUACGAAGCAGAUGAAUACGUCGCCCCACCGGCGGCAGCGUCGUGGCCGGAAGAUUACAAGGGUCGUUUCCUACCGGGUGUCGUCGUGCGUUUGACGAGUGGCGCGCAAGGUUACAUCACCUCUGUCGCGCCGGCGGGUUCUAGUUUCAAGGUGAAAAUCGGUACCUCGCGCCCGCGUGACGGUGUGGAGGUCUUAGAGACCGUGCCGAAGUCAGCACCCGAAGAGACCGUCACAGAACAAGAGCUCGAGAUCGUGCGACCGGGAAAGAAGACGUCAGUCAUCAUCGUCACCGAUUCUGGAGACGCGUCCCGCGGCGACACCGGCGAGCUCAUCACCAUCGAUGGUGUCGACGGUGUCGUGCGUUUAAGUAGCACGAAUGACGUCGUACUCUUAGACAUGUCGUGCCUGGCUCGUCGCUGGGUCGAAUAA